AUGAUAUCUUUAUUAUUAAUAUUCACAUUCAUAAAUCUAGCAUUUGGUAUUAUAUCAUUUGAUGUUUCAAAUUCUUCAAAUUGUUUAUUCAAUAUUAUUAAUAAUGAAGAACGUGAAUUAAAAAUUGAAAAUAUUUUAAAAGAUCCAUUAAUUUAUAAAGAUUAUCCUUCAAUAAAACAUUUACCAUCUGCUGAAGAGAGAUCUAUUAAAGAUGGUGAAAUACCAGACUACGUUAUAAAUUAUUCACCAUUAGUUUAUCUUUAUAGUGAAGAGAAAUAUUUACCCUAUGGUAUAAAAGAAUACGUUACAAAUUUUUAUGCAACUUUUAAUAAUGGUUCAAAUAUAACUGGAUUUGAAUCUAUUUCAAUUCAAAAUUUAACUAAUAUUCCAAAAAAUGAAGAAACUUUUUUAACUUCAAAUACUGAUUUUGAUUCAGAUCCAGAAUGGAUAACUGGAGUUAAAAAUAAACCAAAUUUAAUUAAUGGUGAAAUUGAAAAUGCUCCUGCUACAUUAAUUAUAGUUGAUAAGGGAAAUGGAUGGGUUGAUGCUUUUUGGUUUUAUUUUUAUUCUUUUAAUUUAGGUCCAUUUGUAAUGGGUCAAGGUCCAUAUGGAAAUCAUGUUGGUGAUUGGGAACAUUCUUUAGUUAGAUAUUAUAAAGGUGAACCAGUUAUUGUAUGGAUGUCCGCUCAUGGUGGUGGUGGUGCUUUUUAUUAUCAUAAUUUAGAAAAAUAUAAAUUAGAUUCAAGACAUCCAAUUAUAUUUUCUGCCAGAGGUACUCAUGCAAAUUAUCCAAGUGUUGGUCAACAUCCACAUGAUUUACCAUAUGGUAUAUUAAGUGAUUUUACAGAUAGAGGUCCAUUAUGGAAUCCAAAUCAAAAUUAUUUAGGUUAUACAUAUGAUGGUAAUUUUGUAUAUCCAAUUGAAAAUACAAAUGUUAAACAUAUAGGUAGAGAAAUUGAAUAUGAUAAUUGGUUAAGUUUUAAAGGUCAUUGGGGUGAUAAACAAUUACCAUAUAAUGAUCCAAGACAAACAUAUUCAAUUGUUGGUGGUUAUAAAUAUAUUAAUGGACCAACCGGACCUUUAUGUAAAAAUUUAAUGAGACUAAAACCAUGUGAGAGAGCAAAAUGGUGGAAUUUUUGGCAAGGAUGUAAUGUACGUGAAAAUAUAAAGUGGGGUGUUGGUAUUGAAUCAGAAGGUUAUAAUUGUGGUAAUUUAUUUAUAAAUGUUAAAACAAAUUGGUUGAAAAAAUUGUUACAAAGGUUAACUUGGGGUGGCGGAUUAUGCUUCUUGAUAGAUUUAAUUUAUGGUUAA